CUCCCUCGUCCCGCUCUCCCCCAGUUUCCUGGUUCCCUGUGGAGCGAGAGGGCGAAUGAGAGCGGCUCACACAGGUGUGUCUUUAAGUCCGUUGCUGUUCAAGACUCAACAACACACCUGGAUUCGUCAUGUGGUCUGCUACCUGGGCGUGGAGAAAGUCCCUGUUAUUUACUGGUGCCUUUUGUUAGGUAGCUUACACAUCGUGUCGGCUUUCAAGGGAUUGUCAUUCGGUUCUCAGCGCUUCAACGUAAUGGUGCUGGUCGGUUAACAUCCAGGGCUAUAGGAAGAGUAAGAUGUGAACUUUUCAUGCAUCCUUCCGUGGGAUCUAUUUUUUUGUUUUAAGGGGGAGGAAUCGAGAUUCGGGCUGCGAGCGUUUGUGCAACUACUGUUCAACCAAGGCAUCGGCCACAGUUGCACAACAACAAGUGGGGCCAGCUGUAGAUCGCUGCUCAAAGUCACACACUGUGCAGAGAGAAGAAAAACACUUAUGCCUGGCUCCAAGGGGACGCCAGGGUGGACCUGCUCACGCUAAUCACCAGUGGAUGCAUACAACUCCAAUUCAAUCAAUUAAUGAAAACAUGGCGAGCCUGGCAUGGGCCUCCCUACUCCUGCUGUGUCUUCCCUCAGCCUGCUGUCAGGAAACAGAGUUCCCAGAAUUCACCCCGGAGACCCCCAUCAACAACGUGGUGCAGGAUCCCCGCACUGGUCGGGUGUACGUGGGCGCUGUCAAUGCCGUCUACCAGCUGGACGGCUCAUUAGCCAAGGAGCACAAGGCUGAGACGGGGCCCAAAAAGGACCUGCGCUCCUGCACACCACCCAUCAACAUCAACACCUGCCCCUCAGCCAAAGACACCAACAACACAAACAAGCUGCUGCUUGUCAACCCCUCCAACAACAACCUCAUUAUCUGCGGCAGCCUAUAUAGAGGGAUCUGCUCACUGGUCAAUCUGAGCAAUAUCAACCAGCUGAUCUACUACAGUGACAACCAGGGCGAGAGGACCUAUGUAGCCAGUAUUGAGGACAGCGUGUCUGUGGUGGGCAUUAUGUCUAACAUUCAAAACCUCUCAGUUUUUCUGGUGGGUAAAGGCUACGGCAUCCUGGACAGCACCAAACUCAUCAGCACGCGGAUACUGCAGAGCCAUGGCGAAUGGGCGAUUUUCGACAGCAUUGUGGAAGCCGCUGCUGUGCAGGCCAUUCCAUUCAUUCCCAAGUACCUGCACGACUUCCGUUACACCUUCAAGGACCAAGGCUUCGUCUACUUCCUUUUCUCGAGAACAUUGGGCGGGACAGACAACAAGAACAGCACCUUUAUAUCGCGCCUCUGCGAGCAGGACGACCACUACUACUCGUACACAGAGUUGCAGCUCAACUGUGGCCCUGACAACCGCUUCAACAAGGUGCAGGCGGCCUACGUGGCGAGCCCUGGGAAAGAGCUCGCCCGCAGCCUGUCGGAGAAAGGCUCGUACGGCGAUGUUCAAUUCUGGGACAAGGUGUUGUUUGUGGUGGCCAGCCCCGAUGAGGACCACACAGAGUCGGCCUUGUGCUUGUACCCCCUGAAACGAAUCAACGAAAGAAUGGUGGACAUCAUUAGUGCCUGCUACAGUGACUCAGGAAAGAUUGGCGGAAAGCCUGCAGUGGAUAUCCCUUAUUCGCCAAAAACAGAUGACUUUUGCACCGGGCGGGAUAAAGAUAUGGCGACACACUACAAGUGUGGUGCAGACUUCCUGCCCUCCCCUCUGGCCAGCAAGCCGGAAUUUGCCCUGAAGGCUGAAGCCAUCUACACUAGGAAGGGACUUCUGACUGCUGUGGCCAUAGCUGUAGAGCAUGAUCACACUAUAGCGUUCCUAGGCAACUCUGUUGGGGAGGUUUUCAAGCUUCAUCUGUUAGGCUACCCAGAGGUGUACAACAGGGGCCCAGGCGACACCACGGGUGAUGUUGUCAAUAAGAACCUCUUUUUUGACACGAGCAUGACCCAUCUGUACAUCACUACCAAGAAAAAGAUUGCCAAAGUUCCUGUGCAGGCAUGUGGUCUGAAGAAGGACUGUCAGUCAUGUGUUGGGCUGAAGGACCCUUACUGUGGUUGGUGUGUCCUGGAGGGCAGGUGCACCAGGAGGUCAGACUGCCGCCGUGCCGAGGAGAAAAAUGGCUGGUUGUGGAGUCCCAAGCAACAGUGUGUUAAGAUCGUCUCUUUCAACCCCCCAAAUCUGAGCUGCAAAAAGACUCAGCAGGUGGACUUCAACAUCCCCUCGCUGCCCAGCAUUGGCAGUGCUGACCAGCUCCACUGCUCCUUCGGCACCUUCCAGAGUAGCGCGGUCAUGAUCGACUCGAUUGUCACCUGCAGCCUGCCUGAGCCCGACGCCAUCCCAACCACACCUGAGCAGCAAGAUUUCGUGGCUGUGCCGGUGAAGAUCUUAGUGAACAUGACGGUGGAGGUGGCGUCCAGCGAGUACAAAUUCUACAACUGUGCAGCAGCCGUACACAAGACAGAGAACACCCCGUGCCUCUCCUGUGUUAGUAGCAGCUGGGGUUGUCAGUGGAACACUCGAGAUCACACAUGCAGCGACAAGAACGAACUCGACAAAGACCCGAACAUCGUCCGAACAAAAGAAGGAGCAAACUGUCCAAGAUUUGAGAACCCUGACCCAAUCCUUAUUCCCGUCGGUUUCAAAGAACCGAUCAGUUUUGAGGGAAUCAAACUCGAUCAAUACAAGGGUCAUGAGUUCACCAUUGGCACAGAACUGAUGGAGCACACUGAGGAAGACGUCAAGAAAGAGCAAGAGGAAGGACCGUUCUACAGUUUCCCCGGAUAUGAGUUUUCCUACGACAAAGCGCACGAAACCACCGUUCUCUUUCAUGUGAAAGACAAACACUCAGGGAAGAAGAUUGACAGCUUGUUUAACGUCACCUUAUAUAACUGCUCCGUGGGCCGCGAGGACUGCAGUCUGUGCCGGAACGCAGACCCAAGCAAGUACCGCUGCGUGUGGUGUGCCGCCAAAAGGGCGUGCGUCUACGAGAAGCUGUGCCAGACGACGCCUAUGCCAUGCCCAAACCCCGAAAUCACAGACAUUAUACCUAGUUAUGGGCCUCUCAAAGGGGGCAUUGCCGUCACCAUCAAAGGCUCCAACCUGGGCAUCAACAGAGAAGACAUCAAGAGUAUCACUGUGGCGGGAGUACCUUGCGGGCACCUGGAUCAACACUACUCCGUCUCCACCAGUGUGGUGUGUGAGAUCGGCCCAAUAGACCCAAACAGCCCAUUCACUGGUAAGGUGGAGGUGCUGGUGGAGGGGGGGAAGAGAGGGACUUCAUCCGUCGAUUUCACUUACCGGGACCCCAGACCUACUGGCGUCUUCCCUCGGAAGGGUCCAAAAGCUGGAGGAACGAUCAUCACCAUCAUGGGAAAUAACCUGCAGACCGCUUCCAAAGAGGACAUCCUCAUCACGGUGGGGACUGUGCCAUGCAAAGUGGAGACGUUUGGCACCAACAUCACCUGUAAGACAGGCAAGUACCCGGGAGAUACGGUGCCCUCCCGGCCACUUCCUGUCAACGUGACGUAUGGGAAGUACACCACCACGGAGGUGCCCGGGGCCUUCCAGUACCUCAAAAACCCCACUGUGGUUGAUCAUCAGCCCAGAAAGAGCUUCGUCUGUGGUGGCAGGAGAAUCGUGGUAACGGGCUCCGGGUUCAACCUCAUCCAGAAAGCCUUCAUAAUGGUGAACGCCUCUGUGGACGAGUGGUCCCCGGUUUACUCACCUAUGGAGUUUUGGCAGCCUGCGGAGAGCAAGAACGACACCACACUUGUUUUCCUCUCUCCGAGAGUGAAUAAGACCCAUGACACCCAGUCCUUCUGCACCUUCCUCCACCUUGACAACCUGGUGGAGGAACUGAAGCCCUUUGACUUCCACCCAGAUCCCUCCUUUGUGCCUUUCACCAACAAAAAGAUCACUGCAAACAGCACCAUCAAAGUCACUGGUCGGGGAUUUUCGAAGGCCAUGACCACUGAUGAAGCCAAGGCAUUUGUGGGUGACGUGCCUUGCAUAGUCAACACUCUGGAAGACGACAAGCUGUACCUGGAGCCUCCGCCCGAGCACAAAGUUCGCUUGGCGAGGAACGACGGCACCUCUGAACCUCUGAAGCUGAAGAUCAAGUUUGGAAAUGGCGUGUGGGAUGUGGGCUCCGUUGUCUAUGAGAGUAAAUAUGAAGUCCCUCUAGCCAUCAUCAUCCCCGCUGUGAUCAUCCCCAUGCUGCUGAUUAUUGCUACAUCAGCCUACUGCUACAUGAGGAAGAGUCAGGAAGCUGAGCGGGAGUACGAGAAGGUCAAACACCAGCUGGACAGUCUCGAGGAGAGUGUGCGAGACCGCUGCAAGAAGGAAUUCACAGAUCUGAUGAUUGAAAUGGAGGACCACACCAAUGACAUCAGCGAGGGUCGCAUGCCCUUCCUGGACUACAAGACCUACACGGACCGCGUCUUCUUCCUGCCCUCCAAGGAUGGAGCCAAUGACGUGAUGAUCACGGGCAAACUGGACAUCCCGGAGAACCGUAAGGUUAUCGUGGCCCAGGCUCUAAACCAGUUCUCCAACCUGCUCAACAGCAAGACCUUUCUUAUCAAUUUUAUCCGCACACUGGAGUCAAAGCCGGACUUCAACGCCCGGGCGAAGGUGUACUUCGCCUCGCUGCUUACGGUGGCCCUGCACGGCAAGCUGGAGUACUACACCGACAUCAUGAGGACCUUGCUGCUCAACUUGAUGGAGAGCUACGUGGAAAGCAAGAACCCCAAACUCAUGCUCCGCAGGUCGGAGACAGUGGUGGAGAGGAUGCUGUGCAACUGGAUGUCCAUCUGUCUUUACCAGUUCCUCAAGGACAGUGCGGGCGAGCCCCUGUACAAGCUCUUUAGAGCCCUAAAGCAUCAGAUUGAGAAGGGCCCAGUGGACGCGAUGGUCAAGAAGGCCAAGUACACGCUGAAUGACACGGGUCUCCUGGGAGAUGACGUGGAGUACACCGUUUUGACUCUACAGGUGUUGGUCCAUGGUGAGGGUCCAGACGUCACGCCAGUGAAGGUGCUCACCUGUGACACCAUCUCCCAGGUGAAGGAGAAGGUCAUCGAGCAGGUCUACAGGAACCUGCCCUACUCCCAGAGGCCCAAGGUGGACUGCGUCACUUUAGAGUGGCGCCCAGGCUCGACUGGACAGACUCUGUCUGACCUGGAUGUGACCACGGUGAAAGAAGGAAGAUGGAGACGUAUGAACACACUGGCUCACUACAACGUUCGAGACAAUGCCACACUGGUGCUGUCCAGAGUAAGGCAACCUCCGCAGGCCUUUGACCAGAAUCAGGACAACCAUGAGGAGAGAAAGGCUUUGCUAGACGAUGACAAGGUGUUCCAUCUUGUGCGGCCGAUGGACGAGCUGGAUGAGAUCAAGUCAAAGAGGGGCAGCAUUAAGGACAAGUCCAUGACCAAAGCCAUUACAGAGAUCUAUCUGACUCGUCUACUCUCAGUCAAGGGCACGCUGCAGCAGUUUGUUGACAACUUCUUCCGGAGCGUUCUCUGCUCAGGGUCGGUGGUCCCGCCUGCUGUAAAGUACUUCUUUGACUUCUUGGACGAGCAGGCCCUGAAGCAUGACAAUGUGGACGAGGAGACCAUUCACAUCUGGAAAACCAAUAGCCUGCCCUUGAGGUUCUGGGUGAACAUCCUGAAGAACCCACACUUCAUCUUCGACGUCCACACGACCGAGGUGAUGGACGCCUCGCUGUCGGUCAUUGCCCAGACCUUCAUGGACGCUUGCACGAAAACUGAGCACAAACUCAGCAGGGACUCUCCGAGCAACAAGUUACUCUAUGCAAAGGAAAUCUCUACCUACAAGAAGAUGGUGGACGAUUACUACAAAGGCAUCCGGCAGAUGAUCCAAGUCAGCGAUCAGGACAUGAACACUCAUUUGGCUGAAAUAUCGAGGUCCCACACGGAGAAACUAAACACCCAGGUGGCCCUGCAUCAGCUCUACCAGUAUGCUAGCAAGUACUAUGACGGGAUCAUCCAGUCCUUAGACGAGGACCCAGCCGCGCAGAGUAAACAGCUCACCCUGCGGCUGCAGCAGAUAGCCGCCACGCUGGAGAACAAAGUGACUGAUCUCUGACUGCUGGGAGGGAAGACAGCGUGACAGAGAGGGAUGAGGGCUUGGGGUGGGA